CUGAGCUGACCAACGCAGUGCUUGUUACUCAGCCUGCCAAGAUGUUGAAACUUGUGUGUCUUGUGGCCCUAAUUGCGGUGGCUUGCGCCAUUCCAGGUACGGAUUACUACCCCCACCCUGACGGCUCCCCACGCCUUGUCUACUACCCUGAUGGCUACAAAGGUCCAUCCAGCUAUGGCACUGGGAUUACACUGAGGAGAUACGCUGGCGUCACUAACUUUAAUGCUCCACCACCUGCUGGGGCUAUUGAGUCUGAUGCUGGUGCUGCUGACCGCGCCAAGGCUGCUGCUGACGCCCGCGCCCGCGCCCAAGCUGAGGCUGCAAGACGUGCUCAAGCCCAAGCUGAGGCUGAAAGGCGCGCUCAAGCCCAGGCUGAGGCUGAGGCCCGUGCCCGUGCCCAGGCUGAAGCUGAAAGACGUGCUCAAGCGCAGGCUGAGGCUGAAGCCCGUGCUCGCGCCCAAGCUGAGGCCGAAGCCCGUGCUCGCGCCCAGGCUGAGGCUGAAGCCCGUGCUCGUGCCCAGGCAGAGGCUGAAGCCCGUGCUCGUGCUCAGGCUGAGGCUGAAGCCCGUGCCCGCGCCCAAGCCGAGGCUGAAGCCCGUGCCCGCGCCCAAGCCGAGGCUGAAGCCCGUGCCCGCGCCCAAGCCGAGGCUGAAGCUCGUGCUCGUGCCCAAGCCGAAGCUGAAAGACGCGCUCAAGAACAGGCUGCUGCUGAGGCUCGUGCCCGUGCUCAAGCUGAAGCUGAGGCUCGUGCUCGUGCCCAAGCUGAGGCUGAAGCCCGUGCUGCUGCUGAGGCCCGAGCUCGUGCACAAGCUGAGGCUCAGGCUCGUGCUGAGGCCAACGCACGUGCCGCUGCUGCUGCUCAGGCUGCUGCCGAAAAUGCUGCCGCUCGUGCCCAUGCUCAGGAAGCUGAAUCUGGUCGUCUGUCUGGUGUGGCUGCUGCUGCUACCGAUGCUGCCAAUGCUGCCUUUGCCACAUACGAGGCCAAGAAAGCCCAGUCUGACAGGGAAGCUGAGGCCGCCGCCGCAGCCACUGCUGCUGCUGAUCGUGCCGAAGCUGCUGCCCAAGCCUCCAAUCAAGCCAAAGACGAUGCUGUUGCAAGAGCUGCCGCCGCUGCCAGUGCUGCUGACGAGGCUGCCACCGCUGCUGAAGCUGCUGCCGAGAAAUACAACACUGCUAAAGCAGCCGCCGACGAUGCUACAUCCCGUGCUACUGAAGCUGCCGAUCUCUCCAGUAGUGCAGCCGCGGCCGCAGAGACCGCCAAAGCCGCCAAAACUGACGCCACCGCCAGAGCUGCUCAGCUUGCUGAGGCCGCCGCUGAAGCUCUUAGAGCUUCCCAACAAGCAGCAGGUGCCUACCACGCAGCCAAAGACGAGAAGGCUUCCCUUGUUGCCAAAUCUAAUGCAAUUGAUGCCCAGAGAGAUGCCGAAGCUGCAUCCAGACUGAAUGUUAAUAUCUCCCGGCAGCGCGAAAUUGCUGCCGCCCGUGCACGUGCUGCAGAGAGAGCACGUGCUCAGGCCGAGGCUGACGCUAGAGCCGCCGCUGCUGAAGCUGCUGCACGUGCUGCCGAAAGAGCCGCUGCUGCUGCUGCUGACUAUUAUAGAAGAUUUUCUUUCCGUGGCUACUACGGAAAGGCGCCAUACUACUAAAUAUGGGGUAGGGGCAUUUGUGGCGCGGGAGGGAUUUUAGAGGUACCGCUACUACUAGAUGGCGUGACGGUCGACUUAAAACACUGCGAGAUGAAGGGAUCCAACAGACUACCCGUCUCAAUGUCGAGGUGUUUUAACGUCAUAUCUUAACAAAUGCAUUCUCACAUUUUAUCAGUUGUGAUAUCAGGAUGCAAAAUAAAAUCUCUUAUUGGUGUAUUUAAUA